ACAGGAGCGCCGCGAGGGGUCGAGGACGGCUCUGUCCUGGGACCAAGCCUGCGCGCCGGCCCGGGUUAACUGCUUUCCUGCGCCCUACCCAUCCUCGGAGCGCCAGAGCCGUGGAGAAGCGGCAUGCAGCGCGGACCACUGUUCUCCGGUCCCAGUGCGGAUCCCGCCGAGCGCGGAAGUACGUAUCCCGGCGUGCACCGCGGGCAGGGCAUGGCGGGACUACAAGUCCCAGCGUUCAACGCGGGCGUGCGUCCCGUUACCCCGUCUCGCGUCGAGACCCGACCUCCUGAGACUACGAGUUCCGGCAUGCACCGCGAGCCGCUUUCCUCGACUCCCGUCGCGCCCUGCGAGUCCAACGUCGCGAGACUACGGGUCCCAGCAUGCCGUGCGCGCCACGGUCCCAGAGACCUGAGGCGGUCGGCGUCCGGGUGUCCGUGCCGCGUGUCCCGCACGGACCCAACGCCGCGGGAGCUUAUGGGCUGCGGUCUGCUCUUCCUCCGACCUCCACUUCCACGCGGAAGCGCAGGGGCAGGGGCGCCGCCUUCGGCCCGCGCAGGCGGUGGACCCGCCUGGGACAAGGCGCCCGGAAGCCCCUGGUGGGUUCGGAAAAUCCGAGCGACCGCAGCGGGAGAGCGGGCACCGGCGCGUGGUCGCAGCAGCCCCGGGCGAACCCGGAUGAGCAUCAGCUGCAAGAAGAGGCAGUUUCCACGUUCGUCGGGAAUUUACGUGAAAUAACGAGUUGGGGGCAGGCGGGCGGCCCGGCCCGGAGUCCCACGCUGUGGGAGGCUGAGGCCGGCGGAUCACCCGAGCCGGUGGCUGGAGACCAGCCUGCGCGGCAGAGCGAGUCCCUGAAACAGAUUCGUGAACACGUGGCCGGGCGCGGCGGCCGAGGUCCCGGCUCCUGGGGGCCCAGGCGGGAGGCGGGAGGCCGCUCUGGGCUGUGGUUUUUCAGGCCUAAUGCGUGCCCGUGCUCCUUUUUUACUGAGUAUCUUUGUCAUGACGUUUAUAAAUGUUAUGUGCAAUUGA